GAAAAGGGCAAAAAAGUCAAGAGACUGAGUCGUCUUCAAGCAAAGAGUCUUAGGACAAAACCACCUCGGAAUUCAGGAAAAAAAAAGGACCAGAAAUUUCGAGAGAAAAUCGCAAAAGCGGAACCGGCAUGGCGAUGAGAGAGUGUAACCCAUCGGAUUUCGAAGUUGAAGAAGAAGAGGAAACGCCGUCGUCGUCGCCAUCAUCGAUAUCAUCACCAUCAUCGCCAUUGCUGUACAUCGACAUAGAUCGACACGUGGCGUUCUUAGAGAUGAUGUACAAUUUGGUGCCUUACCACUACCAGUCGCAGGAGAUCAAUCGCCUCACUCUUGCAUUUUUCACUAUCUCUGGCCUUCACCUCCUCCAAGCCUUAGAUCGCGUUGACAAGGACAGAGUUGCCAAUUGGGUUUUAUCCUUUCAGGCUCAUCCAAGAAGUAGAGCUGAAGUGACAAAUGGACAAUUUUACGGUUUCCAUGGCUCUAGGACUUCACAGUUCCCUCCAGAUGAAAAUGGGGUCUCAGCUUAUAAUGCUGGCCACUUGGCAAGCACGUAUUGCGCCCUAGCCAUACUAAAGAUGGUUGGAUUUGAUCUCGCAACUCUAGACAAGGAAUCAAUAUUGAUAUCCAUGAGAAAUCUUCAACAGCCUGAUGGAAGUUUUAUGCCGUUGCAUGUUGGGGCAGAGACAGAUCUUCGCUUUGUAUAUUGUGCUGCUGCUAUCUGUUUUAUGUUGGAGGAUUGGAGUGGCAUGGAUAUCGAGAAAGCCAAGGAAUACAUCUCAAAUUGCCAGUCGUAUGACGGUGGCUUUGGCUUGUCACCUGGUUUAGAAUCACAUGGUGAGUUGGAAAAUAUCUCAUGUAAUUGCUGUCUUAGUGACACAGGGGGUGGUACUUAUUGUGCUGUGGCAUCUCUUCGUUUAAUGGGCUACAUUGAAGAUGAUCUUCUGUCAAAAAAUACAUCAUCUUCCAUCAUAAAUGUGCCGUUAUUGCUGGAUUGGAGUAUGCAGAGGCAGGCAACUGAUGGUGGAUUUCAAGGCAGAGCCAAUAAAUCUAGUGAUACAUGCUAUGCAUUUUGGGUUGGGGCAGUUUUGAGGAUCUUAGGGGCCUACAAAUUCAUUGACAAGAUUGCUUUACGCAAAUUUUUGCUGACUUGUCAGUCUGAGUUUGGAGGUUUCAGUAAGUAUCCCGGCGGGCUGCCAGAUAUAUAUCAUUCCUACUAUGGAUAUACUGCAUUCAGCCUUUUGGAAGAACCUGGCUUUAACCCACUCUGUGCUGAACUUGGAAUGACUGAUCUUGCUGCCUUGGGAAUCAUUUGACACCAAUAUCACUCUUCACCUCAUUAGGUUUGUAAUUUAUUCAACUUGAAUUCCGCCACACUGCCAUGCUGAUUGGACCACACUCUUCACAUAUCUUACUUGUAAUUGUACUCAUCUUUUCUUGUUUUUCGAUUCUAAACCCAUUGAUUUGCAUCCCAGAUGUGAAAAUAUAUGCAAUUAAGAAAGUUCAGCUUGUGUUUUACUAACAAUUUUUUAUGCAUAACCUAGGAUGAGGAUGACAGGAUCAAUGUAAUAAAGAUUGUUAACUGUGAAUGACAGGAAACCUCAAAUUUGUUCGAUUAAUC